GUGCCUCGCGAAGUCUCAAAGAACUACAAUUCCCAGCGCCCUCCGCGGUGGGGGCGGGGUUGAGUCAGAACCACAAAGCCGGGCCAGGAAACUACAACUCCCAGGGCGUUCCGUAGCAGGGCAGCUGGACUACGGGAAGCGGCAGGAGGAAGCCAACAGUAGGAAGCUCGGGGAUUUGGGUGCAAAAGCCCGGGGAUAGGGGCCGCAGGCAUGCUGCGUCCCAAGGCUUUGACCCAGGUGCUAAGCCAGGCCAACACUGGAGGUGUCCAGAGCACCCUGCUGCUGAAUAACGAGGGAUCUCUGUUGGCCUACUCCGGUUACGGGGAUACGGACGCCCGGGUCACCGCGGCCAUCGCCAGUAACAUCUGGGCGGCCUACGACCGGAACGGGAACCAGGCGUUUAAUGAAGACAAUCUCAAAUUCAUCCUCAUGGACUGCAUGGAGGGCCGCGUAGCCAUCACUCGAGUGGCCAACCUUCUACUGUGCAUGUAUGCCAAGGAGACUGUUGGCUUCGGAAUGCUCAAGGCCAAGGCCCAGGCCUUGGUGCAGUACCUGGAGGAGCCUCUCACCCAAGUAGCAGCAUCGUAGCAGGUGUUGGUGGAAGCCGGGGUUCAGAAGAGAGAGAGGGCAAUUUGGAGGGGAGGGCCCCCUGGGGAAGCCUUCCUGGGCUUGGGGGGAGGGGGGAGGGGUGGAACGACUUUGUGCUUCCCAAGAAUAAACUUCAACUCUCGUCUU